AUGAGGGCGGGCGGGAUGCUGUGCCGGUCGCAGGCGGCGACGGCGGUGUGCGUGCCGGGCGACGCGCGGUCCAUGGUGGUGGCCCGGCGCGCCGACCGCACCAUCGUGGCCGCCGACGACGACGACGCCCGCCGCGUCCUGCACGACGUCAGGUACGCGCGCCUCGGCGGCGCCGGCAACGACGGCGGCCGCCAGCGCCACUCCACGUCGUCGCGGCGGUUCGCGGCGCCCAGGGCUGCUGCUGCGCCGCCGGCUGCGACUGCUGCUUCUGCUAGCGCGUCAUGCAAGCCGCGCGUGGAGAGGCAGCGUCGCGCCGCCACGCGUGCGCCCGUGGCCGUGACGCUGCCCAUGGUGACCAAGAGCCCCAGCAAGGAGGCGCCGCCCAAGGACCUUGCCGCGGCGGCCAAGCGCGUGCAGGCCGCCGCCGCCGUCGCGGCGGCGCCCGGCGACCAGCUGCUCCAGGUGGUGGUGAUGAAGGUGGCCAUCCACUGCCAGGGCUGCGCAGGCAAAGUCAGGAAGCACAUCUCCAAGAUGGAAGGGGUGACGUCGUUCAGCAUCGACCUAGAGAGCAAGAAGGUGACGGUGAUGGGCCACGUGUCGCCGGCGGGCGUCCUCGAGAGCAUCUCCAAGGUCAAGAAGGCCGAGCUCCUCGCCUGA